AUGGCAACCCCAUCGUCAAUCCUAAAAACCCACGCCAUAAACCUAGAGCCUUACGAAACCCUCUACAAACACUUUCACGCCAACCCCGAACUCUCCCUCCAAGAAUCCUCCACCGCUCAAAAAAUAGCAACUCACCUCUCCACCCUAUCCAGCUAUGAAAUCCACACAGGCAUAGGCGGCCACGGCGUCGUCGGCGUCCUAAAAAACGGUCCUGGAAAAACAAUCCUCCUCCGCGCAGACAUAGAUGCCCUCCCAGUAAAAGAACUCACCAACCUCCCCUACUCCAGCAAAAAAACCAUGGUCUCCAGUAGCACCGGACUCGAAACCCCCGUCAUGCACGCCUGCGGACACGACAUGCACAUAACCUGCCUCCUAGCCGCAGCCGAGACACUAGCAAAAACGCAAGAACACUGGAGCGGGACUCUGAUUAUUCUCUUCCAACCAGACGAAGAACGCGGCGGAGGCGCCCAAGCAAUGGUUGACGAUGGCCUGUACUCGAAAGUCCCCAAACCGGAUUACUGUUUCGGGCAACACGUUAUGCGGCUGCGGGCGGGGAGUAUUGGGCUCAGACCCGGUGUGCUUAUGGCAGCUGCUGAUAGUAUGAAGAUUACAGUGUUUGGGCGUGGAGGACAUGGGUCCCUUCCUCAUCAGACGGUUGAUCCGGUGCUUCUUGCGGCGCAUAUUGUCGUGCGGUUGCAGGGGAUAGUGAGUCGGGAAAUCGAUCCUAGUGAUCUGGGUGUUCUUACGGUUGGAAGUUUGGCGGCGGGGCAGACGGAGAAUAUUAUUGCGGAUCGGGCGGAGAUAGGGAUUGAUUUUCGGACUGUGAAGGUUGAGACUAGGGAGAAGAUUGUGGAGGCUGUGAAGAGGAUCGUGGAGGCGGAGUGUUUGGCUAGUGGGUCGCCGAGACGGCCUGUUUUUGUGCCUACGAGGAGGUUUCCGGCGACGGUGAAUGAUGUGGAUGUUACGGGGAGGUUGGGGGAGGCAUUUGGAGGGUAUUUCGAGGAUUUUGAUGGUGAUACGCCGAGGACGAAUGUUAGUGAGGAUUUUUCGAUUCUUGGGACUUCCUUGGGGGUUCCUUGUGGGUUUUGGUUUCUUGGAGGUAUUGAUCAGGGGCUUUGGGAUAGGGUUCAUUUGGAGGGUUCGGGGGAGGAGAUUGCUGGGAAUCAUUCGGCACUUUUUGCUCCUGUUAUUCAGCCGACUAUGAGGGCAGGCGUGGAUGCGUUGUGUCUUGCGGCUUUGACUUUUUUGCAAUAG